AUGUCCAGCCUACUCGAUACUAUCGGCAAAAAUUCUACUGAAACGGCACCUAGAGGACAAGCCCAAUCAACUCAAGUCAGUUUGUCACAGCUAAUCACGAUGAUCAAGCAUUUUUCUGACACAAGAUCCACUAGCUACGAUGAUAGUUCAGACAAGGAGUCGCUUCCAAAGCAAUUUGCUAUUGGAGAAGGAUCUAAUGCCCCAAAAAGAGAACCAGAUAUAAAUGAGGUCUUUUCAAGCGAUGAGGAGAUGAGUUACACGCACCCCAGAAAUCAAGAAAUACCAUCAAAGCAAUUCGCUUCAAAAGUUAUGACAUUCACAUUCGAUGACAUUCCCUUUAAAAAAGGAAUGAUCGGCUUAACGAAUUUCAUGCAUGGAUGA